ACUUGAGCUUCACAUUUUCGUGGGCUGAAAAUUUUAGACUCUAACCUGUACCACGAAUUUUGGUAUACUUUGACAACCCUCCCACGGGGCAAAUCAUGUUCUUUUUAACCCUUGAUAUCAGACACUCCAUUCUCUGACUUCUGCAGUUGACUCACCACCAUCCACUCCAUUCCACUCAUCCUUCCAAAUUUUCCCAGAAAUCUGUAAUCUCUUUGCAUCUUCUUCCAAUUAGCAGCCACGAUGUCAAGCUCUAAAAAUGGCGAAGGAGUCCAUAUAUUGCUCAUCCCAUACCCAGCCCAAGGUCACAUUCUUCCCUUUCUAGACUUCACCCACCAACUAGCCCUCCGUGGCAUAACCAUUACUAUUCUAAUCACCCCCAAAAACCUCCCAAUUCUAGACCCUCUCCUCUCCACCCACCCCUCCAUCCAAACGUUAGUCCUCCCUUUCCCGGCCGGCCACCCUCUCCUCCCCGCCGGCGUCGAGCACGUCAAGGAUCUCGGGAAUUGGGGCAAUGUUCCCAUCAUUAGCUCUCUCACCAAGCUACGCGCCCCCGUGGUUGAGUGGUUCCGGUCACAUCCCAAUCCCCCAGCCGCGAUUAUACACGAUUCCUUCUCCGGUUGGGCUCAGGACGUGGCGGGAGAAAUUGGUGUGCCGGGCAUCUGUUUUAACAGCACCGCCGCCUUCUUGGUUUGUGUUUUUGAUUGUGCUUGGAAGAACAUCAAAGGUUUGAAGUCUAUGGAGGUUGUUGGGUUUCCAGAGAUGCCGAAUUCUCCGAGCUUUGUGAGGGACCAUCUACCAUCAAUAAUAAAGAACUACAAGGAAUCUGACCCUGAUUGGGAGACUAUUAGGAGUGGCAUGGUUGAAAAUACAGGCAGUUGGGGGUUUAUCGUGAAUACAUUUGGUGCAUUGGAAGGGAAGUAUUUGGAGUGGUUGGAGAAGAAGAAGAAGAAAGAAAACAGAGUUUUCUCUAUUGGGCCAUUGAGUUUGAUUGGUGUACCCCAUGGGGGUGGUGGUGGUGAUCAGAGGAGUUUGUUUUCAUGGCUGGAAGGAUGCCCUGAUGAGUCUGUGUUAUACGUAGCCUUUGGGAGCCAGAAGUUGAUGAAGAAGCCCCAGCUAGAAGCUCUCACUAUAGGGCUUGAGAAAAGUGGGGUGCGCUUUGUGUUGGUGGUUAAAGAGCCCACAGUGGAACAAGUGGCGCAGGGCUACGGGUCCGUUCCGGCUGGGUUCGAGGACCGAGUCACCGGGAGAGGCCUCGUGAUAAGAGGUUGGGCCCCACAAGUGGAGAUACUAAGUCACCGGGCCGUGGGUGGGUUUUUAAGUCAUUGUGGAUGGAACUCGACGCUGGAAGCAAUAGCAGCCGGAGUCCUAAUAUUGGGUUGGCCAAUGGAGGCAGAUCAAUAUGUGAAUGUGAGGUUAUUAGUGGAUGAGUUGGGGGUUUCGGUCCGCGUGUCCGAGGGUGCAGACACGGUUCCUGACACAACCGAGUUGGCCAAGAUAAUUAGUGAGUCAAUGAAUGGGCAUAUUGUGGAGAAAGUGAGAGCAAAGGAGUUGAGAGAUAAAGCGUGUGAUGCAGUUAAGGUUGGCGGGAGCUCGAUGAAAGCUUUGGAUGGGCUUGUGGAACAGCUAUCCCAACUUAAUUCACCUUCCAAUUCUGGUUAAGUCUAUCUAAAUUCUAAAGCAUCCUAUUUAGUUUAAGCUAGCUAGCUAGCUUCUUUGCCUUGUCAGUUUCAAAUAAAUACUACAGGCAAAUUAUACCAUGGAUCAUGGAUCAUGGUCUACUUUACCUUGUAAACCCUGAUCCAAAAAUAACCUUCAGAUUUUGUAUCAAUAGUUAAUAUAUUCAACACCUUGAUAGUUUCUGUA